AUGGCUCAAAGACUCAAAAAUCAACUAUCCAAAGAUCCAUGCUUAGCAUUUCCACCGGAAAUCCUAUCGGUGAUUUUCAAAUAUUGUUUUAGAUCAACUCUACGCGCUUGUGUACUCGUCAAUAAACGAUGGAACACACUAGCAAGCAUAUCCUUGUGGCACUCGCCAUGGUCACAAAUGGCCAACGACUGGAAAUUAAUAUCUCGCACACUAACCAACGAAUACGCAAAGCGCGAAAUGCAUCCGCCACGUUACGGACCAAUGAUCAAGCAUCUCGAUUUCUCUGAUAUCUAUUAUAUAGUGCAAGAUUUUCUAAUUCAAGAUCUGGCUAAAUCAUGCACAAAACUCCAGACGUUGAUCAUUGAUUCACCAAGACAAUUGUCGGAUAAUGGGGUGGUUGCUAUUGCUACUUUUUGCACUAAACUUUUGCAUCUGGAGUUGAGGAGAUGCACACGAAUCACUGACGAUUCGAUGUCUUUACUUGUGGAAAAUUGUCGCUGUCUAUCGGUUUUGAAUCUGGAGAAUUGUCCGCGAAUUACUGAUAUCACCUUUACAAAAUUGGCGAAGCAUUGUGGCACACGUUUGAUCUCAUUGAAUUUCACAAACUCGUUAGCGAUCACCGAUGAAUCGUUAUUGGAGAUAUCGAAAUAUUGUUAUAACAUGCGAGAUUUAGGUUUGGCAAAUUGUCGCAGCAUCACAGAUGUAGGUGUUUCUUCAUUAAGUUCGUUGACAUCCAUGCAAAAUUUAUCUAUUUCACAUUGUGAAAAUGUGACGGAUGAGUCACUAAAAAUGUUGGGCAAAUCUUGCGCAGAGUUGAAAUGUCUUGAUGUUACUGGAUGUCGUAAUAUCACGGAAGUUGGGGUCAAAUGUUUGAUUGAUGGUUGUAAAAAAUUGAAAUUAUUGCGAAUCAGUGAACAGUAUGGUAUGUUGUCUAGGGGAUUUUUGAAAAGCAUAGAAUUCAAAUAUUUGAGGGUAAAAUUGUCAAAAGUAUGA